AUGGGUGACCAAAGUAUCAAAAAGUUGAAACUAAACGACAAUACGGAAAACUCGAGUGACGAAGAAAAGCCGAAAUUUCGUUUUGGAAUCCCUUCAUCACCACCUAAUGAGCCAUCCCUAUUUACCGGUAAAAUCCCUGAAGGAAUUUCUGAAGAAGAACCGGAACAAAACGACUCACCAAAAGAAGAAAAUCACAGCGAACAGCUUGAUACUAGCGCGACAGAUAGCGAUCUCGACUUUACUCGAUCAGAAGACGACCCUUCUCCAAUCAUGUCCCCUCUUUUAACAGACUUGGAAUAUGAAUUGAAGAAUUCUGUUCACGCUUCGACACCAAUUUACGACAACAAAGAAAACAAUCCACCUGAUUUCAACGUAGGUUACGCACCUCAUGACUUUGGAACGCAAGAGGAACUUGAUGAUAUAACAAAAGUUCUUCCACACUGGAAAAUGAUGAAUAUCGACUACAAACGAUUUCUUCUUGCCGAAAUUCGAUACGUUCUAGCUUGGUUUACUGUAGAAAAUUGCAAGAAACGUCGUUCAAUCACCAAAGAAUUGCUCGACCAAAAACUUAACAUUUGA